GAAAAGGUAACACUUUACGAAGUAUGGUCCUAUUACGAUUAGCCCAACAACGCAUCCAAGUGAACGGGUAUAAGCGUUACAGAAGCGUGAAAAUCCAGAGCUUGUCUAAUUAUUAUUCAGCAGUAAUAAGGAUCGCAGAAAGAGGGGCAUCAGGAAUGUACUCUAAUUAAUUCACAUUUCCAGCGCGUGUUUACCCGUCGGAGGAGUGCCAGUCAGCGAGGGCUUUGGAUAAAGCGUCACGCAUCCUUUUAUCUCUUUGUGGCUGCUCACUCGGCCGAGCUCUUUAUUUUUCUUUCAACUGCGCGCGGGCAAUUUGCACAUCUUUACGGCGCGUCGACACCAGUCGCACCACGCGUAGAUACGUUCCUUCGUUAGCUGCCUCGUGGGCACUACGAGCUGGGCUUUUAGUCGUGUGUUUGCGCUUAGUCGACGAGCUUUCCUCUCCCCGUUUAGUUCAAGUUGCUUUGCGCUCGGCUGACGAUCGCUUCCGUCUAUCAUAGGUAUCGAUCGAUUGCAUCGAAUGGAAGAGAGCCAAAAUUCAUCAACCGAGUCGGCCCAGUCACCGGACGGGGCCCAGCGGCCGCGUCAGCAGCCCUCGGACAAUAGCGCGCCGGUGAGCAUGAGGCCCAGACAGCAAGCUCAAGGUAUCCUGAGGUCCGACACCGGCAGUCAGUCGCGAGCCAAUCGCAACGCCAUCGUCGUUCCGCAGCUGACGGCUUCGCAGAUGGAACCGUCGUCUCCGCAGCCGUCGGUGGACCGACUCUCGGUGACGUUCGCGAUCGCCGAGCCCAGCAACGGCGACGGCCAAGAGCCCUCGACCCCGGCAUCGCCGCCGCUGCCGGCGGCCACCAGCAGCUUUGACUUCAAUCACCACCAACACCAUCAUCCGCGACGACGCGCCUUUCUUCUCGACACCACUGCCGCCAGAUCUUCCGCUGAUAUGCAGCCUACCACUCUCGAAAGCGAAGAGGUGGCAGAGGAGGACGACUACUCGGCGUCAGCGUGCGCGAUAAUUCAGCGACGCAACUCAUCUCGCAGACACAGUCGCAGAAAGCGCAGACCAUCCUCGCCGUUUAGCCCUGACGCCGAAAGCGCGUUGAGGAGGAGAUCUUCGGUUUUCACCACCAGCUCUGGCGACACUGCGAUCUCGAUAGACGAAGGUGGCGAGGAACAGAUCUUGGACAACCUCAAGCUGCACAAAGAGGUGCUCCACGGCGUGAAACAGCAGCCCUGGCCCCUACGCAAGAAGCUCAAGCUUGUUCGUCAGGCCAAGGCCUACGUGCGCAAACACGAAGGAGCACUGCAGGAGAGACUCGCGCAGACCCGCAGCACGCGCGAUGCCAUUGCUCGUGCCUCGAUUUUGCUCACCAAGAAAUGGCAGUACUUCAAACGCGAACUUGUGAAUUUCAAAACGGUCCUGGUACCGUGGGAGCGUCGCAUAAAACAGAUUGAAUCUCAGUUCGGCUCGGCAGUCGCCUCGUACUUUAUAUUUCUACGCUGGCUCUUCUGGAUCAAUCUCGUUAUUUCCGCAGCACUCGUUACCUUCGUCGCUAUUCCAGAGUUUUUGGCAACUUUGCAAAACGCAACCAUCGCAGGCGAACGCAAAAUAAUGCUGCCCGAGGAGCAGCUCAAGUCGACCCACCUUCUCACCCUCUGGGAAUUCGAAGGCUAUCUCAAGUACUCGCCCUUUUUUUACGGCUGGUAUGCCAAUCAGCACACCUACAAGGCCUACAAGCUGCCUCUCGCUUACUUCGUCGUUAAUCUCGUCGUUUAUACUUACAGUUUCGUCGCUAUUCUAAGGAAAAUGGCCAAGAAUUCGCGAAUGAGUAAAUUGUCAGAAAAGGAGGAUGAGUGCGCCUUUUCAUGGAAGCUCUUCACCGGCUGGGAUUUUAUGAUUGGCAACGCCGAAACCGCCCACAAUCGGAUCGGUAGCAUCGUACUUGGACUCAAAGAAGCACUGCUCGAAGAGUCCGAAAAGCAUCGCGAUGAACGAAAUUGGAAGAUUAUGAGCAUAAGAAUAUUCGUUAAUAUGCUUGUGAUGGCUCUCUUGGCAGUGUCGGCGUAUGCGGUAGUAGAAGUUGUCGAGCGUAGCGAAGAUAUACGCGCUGCCAACAGCAGUUGGUGGCGCCAGAAUGAAAUCACUGUCGUCAUGACCCUCAUUACCUAUAGCUUUCCCAUUCUGUUCGAAGUGCUAGGCAUCAUCGAGAGCUACCAUCCGCGAAAGCAAUUGAGACUACAACUUGGACGUAUCAUGGUUUUGAAUUUGCUCAACAUGUACUCCUUGAUUUACGCGCUCUUCAAGAAGAUUAAUUCAUCGGAUGAAAAGCUGCAGAGUUUAAAGCCGAAUGAUUCGAUUACUUUGGAGAACUGCUUCAAUAGACUCGUGCCUUGCAAGUCAAACAUUUUACACGCUGCUUCAAGUAUCGCGACUAUGAGCCUCGUUCUAAGCUCAAAUUUUUCUUCAAACUCUAAUAAAACAAGCAACUCAUUGUGGCCUAAUACACUCGACAGCAACCAAGCUACAAACUACACACUGCCGAUAGACAACACUCUAAACACCUCCCAGGAGAUCUUGACUCUUCACGAAUUCGACGCCAACAGUAUUUUGUCGGACUGGACAACUGAAGAAGUCAUCUUUGAAUCCAACGUCACUCUGUUCUCUGAUCCCGCAAAUUUCAGUCUACCCAGCAUAGACAGUGCAACUGAAAUCUGGGAUUCUCUAGAUAAUUUCACACAUAAUGGACUGAAAGUUCGCAACUACCUGCGAGACAUGGACGAGAACCCUAUAGAGAUGGAUGAAAAUGCCAUUAACCCCGACGAAAAUACGAUCAACAUUGACGAGAAUUUGAUUAACAUCGAUGACAAUUAUCCCCAUGUUAAUUACAACGAUUACGGAUUUCUGGAUGUCGAUAACAAGACUGAAAAUUUUUUCCCGGGUUUGAGCACUGAGAAUGCGAUUCAAACUACAACGCAAAAAGUUGUAUCGAAUAAUAAAGCAGAUUAUCCUGCAGUGUCUACUACAGCUAAUUCAUGCGGAGACGUUGAUAGAGUGAUCAGGUGCUACGAGCGUAUCUGCACGUACAAGACGUUCACUUCCGAUAAUUUUUCAGUGUCAAUGACGUCGUUAGAUAUAAAGACGCGUCGGCUUUUGCGCGGUCUGUGCUGGGAGACGAUGUUUGGCCAGGAAAUAGCCAAGCUAACCAUGAUGGACCUUGUGCUGACAAUCUUCUCUACGAUGGGAAUGGAUUUCUUUCGGGCACUCUUCGUUCGCUACAUGAACAGUUGCUGGUGCUGGGACCUUGAGAAGCAAUUUCCUCAGUACGGUGAUUUCAAAAUCGCUGAGAAUAUUCUACAUCUUGUCAACAAUCAAGGUAUGGUCUGGAUGGGUAUAUUUUUCAGUCCAGGACUGAUAGUCCUGAACGUCAUCAAAUUGGUUAUCUUGAUGUACUUGAGGUCUUGGACAGUGCUUACAUGUAAUGUACCACACGAAAUAGUCUUCAAAGCUUCUAGAUCCAACAAUUUUUACCUAGCAUUACUGUUAACCAUGCUCUUCUUAUGCGUGCUGCCGGUCGGCUACGCAAUAGUCUGGGUCGAACCGUCUUGGCAUUGUGGUCCAUUUUCCGGGUACAAGAGAAUUUAUUAUUUGGCCACAUCUAGCUUGCGGAAUGCGUUGCCUACCUAUAUUCAUGAGUACAAAGUUUUGGAUUACAUUGCUUCGCCUGGUAUCGUUAUUCCUCUGAUAGUUCUGAUGGCUCUGAUAAUCUAUUACAUGGUUUCUUUGACGAAUUCGCUCAGAGAAUCCAAUAACGAUUUAAAGAUUCAACUGAGGCAAGAGCGCACGGAAGAGCGGCGAAAGAUGUUCAAGAUAGCGGAGAAGAGAUUAGAAAGCCAUGACACACCGUUUACUAGAUGGAAAAAGAUUUUGCCAGCUACGAAAUCAAUCGAUCUACCUUCGAUAGUAAAACUAAGUCAAGCUGACCAAAUCGCGGAAGCUGCAGCAGCAAUAGCAGAGACAGCUAUAAUCCAAGAACGCGAGCAGAAGCGCUCUGGUGGUUCUGAUAACGGUGAACUGACCGAGGGUGAGCAGGAAUCCUUGCCCAAUGAUCAGAUUCCUGAAACCACUCGAAAAGAAUCGAAUGAUUCUCCCAAGCUACAAAAAGCAACCGCCAGCUACAGAAAGAACGGCUGGCGAGCCUCGAGGACUAAAGAGAGCCCCCCCGAGUCGGGGGAAUCAAGCGAGGGCGCCAUUGUGCUCAUUCCUAGGAUUAGGAUCAGCAUCGAAGAGCCGUCAAGUGAAGUAGCAACACGACAGACCUCGGCCUCGUCAGACCCAACGCAUACAAGAAGAAAAAGUACGAAUUCAGAUUAUCACUCGCAGUAAGAAGUAAAAAUUUGAUUUUGCACGAAGAGCGAUGAAAUCGACUUUCUUCAUUGUCGAAUGUGCAAAAAAGUUUUGUGAUAUGAAAAUUAAGAGCAAUUCAUUUUUAUUGAUCGUAAGAAAUAUAAUUGUUAUCAAAGA